AUGGAGCAGUCAAGUGAUGACCCUUUGAAUAACCUUACGACUGUUGAGUCGUUAUGUAUUCAAUGCCAAGAAAAUGGUGUGACGAAGCUGCUGCCUCACCACAUCCCUUAUUUUAGAACUAUUUUGAUAUCGUCAUUUCACUGUGAUAAGUGUGGUUACCAGAAUAAUAAGGUUGAGCCUAUAAGUGAGAUCCAGGUUGCGGGUGAGAGGAUAAGUUUGGAUGUUAUAACGAUAGAUGACUUGGAUAGGCAGGUAGUGAAGAGCCAGUUUGCCCGUAUCAUGAUCCCGGAGCUGCAGCUUGAGGCGCCGCCUGCGAAUGGCGUCAGUUCGACGUUGCAAGGUCUGUUGAGUCAGACGGCGGAGGAACUCCGUAGUACUGCGGAAGACUUGCCCGAGCUGAAGGAGCAACUGCUGGCGUUUGUGACCCGUCUAGAAAGUCGCAUGCAAGAAGCGGAGGCAGGUGUGUUAAAUAAUCCCUUUACGAUCAUCAUAGACGACCCAUCGGGGAAUUCCUUCGUUGAGAAUCCUCUGGCCCCUAAGAAAGAUGCGCAACUACGCAUUGAGCGGUACAGGCGGACGCAAGAACAGCUUCACCAGAUGGGUUACUAUGAAGAGCAAGGUGAAGAAGAGUUAAAGGGUGCGGAGUUAAAGGAUGCGGAGUUAAAGGGUGCGGAGUUAAAGGAUGCGGAGUUAAAGGAUGCGGAGUUAAAGGAUGCGGAGUUAAAGGGUGCGGACUUGCCAGAAGCUCUUCAAUCCCGAGAUGUGGCGUCUUGGGAUUUGAGUCGUCCGUUGAACGAUGUAGACGACUUGAAGAACGUCACGUUCAUCUUUCCGUGCUCCCAUUGCGGCAAGGAUGGGAACCAGAAUAUGUGUCAAAUAGAUGUACCUGGGUUCCGCUCAUGUUUAGUGAUGGCCUUCGUGUGUGACUUUUGCGGGACUCGAUCCACCGAAGUCAAGCCCACCGGACGUUACGGAGACAAGGGCAAAAUCUGGACACUCGUCAUAGAGUCGGAGCAAGAUCUUAACCGAGAUGUUCUCAAAUCUGACACGGCUGCCCUCCGUUUCCCAGAACUAGAAUUAGAACUUGACUACGGUACUCUCGGUGGCGUCUUUACCACAGUGGAAGGUCUGCUUAUUAAAAUCGCAGAUGAAAUUAACGAAAAGAUGUUCCACGGAGAUGCACAACUUUCGCAACGCAAGACCAAAAUCGAACAUCUUAUCAACCGCCUCCGGGAAGCAGCCGAAGCCAAAAACCUACCCAUGGUCAUGAUCCUAGAUGACGUUGCCGAUCUCAGCCACAUCGGACGCAGAGGAGACGACCUACUCUUCCUCACCCACCAAGCUCAUCCCACUGACAAACAAACGGAACAGGCAAGUACCUCCAAAAUGACUCCACUAAAUCUUUUAAAGGACUCACAACUGUCGUUCCAACUGUACGAGAGGACUGAUGAACAGAACGAUGAUCUAGGCCUGAAAGAUAUGAAAACGGAGGACUACUAA